GUUGACAUCUCUCUUUCUUUUACCUCCACAGUUCUGUCAUUGAGAAGCAGAAAUUUUUGUGGAUUCACAAAAUCUCAAUAAAUCAACACCAUCGAGGUUUAAAUUGUACUAGGAACGAUCCUAAACUAAUCUAAAAUGCCACCAAAAUUCGAUCCGACUGAAGUGAAGAAUGUGUACCUCAGAUGUGUCGGUGGUGAAGUAGGUGCUACAUCAUCGUUGGCCCCAAAAAUCGGUCCAUUGGGUCUGUCCCCAAAGAAAGUUGGUGACGAUAUUGCCAAAGCGACUGGUGACUGGAAAGGCCUUAAGAUCACCGUUUGUUUGACCAUUCAAAACAGACAAGCAACCAUUUCAGUGGUUCCGUCAGCUGCUUCCCUAAUCAUUAAAGCUUUGAAGGAAGCUCCCCGAGACCGAAAGAAGGUCAAGAACAUCAAACACAAUGGCAACAUUACAUUCGAUGAUGUCCUCUCCAUUGCCCGUACAAUGAGACCAAGAUCAAUGGCUCGUGAAUUGAGCGGUACUGUCCGUGAAAUUUUGGGAACCGCACAAAGUGUAGGCUGCACCGUAGACGGACGUCCACCACAUGAUAUCAUUGAUGAUAUAAUCGAUGGAUCGGUUGAAGUGCCCUCAGAAUAAGCGCGACGGUUCCAAUAAAACGAGAAUUUAUAAAAUACA